AUGCCGAGACUCACUGCUGGUCCUCACCGGUGCUCUGGGAGAGUGGAAGUGUUUCAUGGAGGUUCCUGGUCCACAGUCUGUGAUGCUGACUUUGACCAGCAGGAUGCAGAGGUUGUGUGUCGAGAGCUGGACUGUGGGAUUCCUGUGAAGAGUCUGGGAUCAGCUUCGUUUGGCCGAGGGGAGGGUCAGGUGUGGACAGAGGAGCUUCAGUGUAGAGGAACCGAAUCUGGGAUUUACUCCUGUCCAUCAUCAUCUUCACUCAAACAUGCAACAUGUUCCCAUGACAACGAAGUGGCAUUAAUAUGUUCUGGUCACACAGAGGCGCGGCUGGUGAACGGACCGGACUCCUGUUCUGGUCGAGUGGAGCUCCUGUACCUCGGUGUGUGGGGCACAGUUUGUGCUGUAAGCUGGGAUAUGAGAGCUGCAGAUGUUCUGUGUGCACAGCUGGAUUGUGGGAGUGCUGUGGCUGUAGUGAAGGUGGACUGGUUUGGGGACGGGAGUGGACACAUCUGGGCUGAUGUGUUUGAUUGUCAGGGGAAGGAGACACACCUAUCACAAUGUGGUGUCUCAUCAUGGAGUCGAGCUGCAUGCUCUCAUAAACAUGACACUGGAGUCAUCUGUAAUGGAUCCUCUCUGGCGCUUCACGAGGGGCGAGUGCGGUUGUCUGGAGGGAGCGAGUGUCAGGGGGAGGUGGAGAUUUAUUUCAGGCAGGACUGGAGGAGAGUUCUCCCGGACUCGUGGAGUCUGUCUGAGGCAUCCGUGCUCUGCAGACAGCUGGGCUGUGUCUCUGUGCUGAACUACCGCUCCUCUCCAUCCACCACUGAAGACAAACACAUGUGUGUAAAAGGUUUCAGCUGCUCUGGGAGUGAAGAACAUCUGAGGAACUGCAGCAGUGCACAAGCUGAACCUGUCAACUGCAUCUCAGGGGAACAGCUCUACAUCACCUGCUCAGAUCCAAACUCCAUCAGGCUGGUUGGUUCUGGCGGAGACUGUGCAGGAAGGCUGGAGGUUUUCCACAGCGGCUCGUGGGGGACUGUGUGUGAUGACUCGUGGGGUAUUGGGGAUGCUCAGGUGGUGUGCAGACAGCUGCAGUGUGGAGAGGCCCUCAGUAACCACAUACCAGUCUGGUUUGGUCCUGGAACUGGAUCCAUAUGGCUGAAUGAGGUGGAGUGUGAGGGGAACGAGACGUCCCUGUGGAACUGCAGAUAUCAGCUGUGUGAAGAGGGUGAAUGUGGACACCAUGAGGACGUAGGAAUCGUCUGCUCAGAGUUUAAAGAGAUCCGACUCACGGAGGGCUGUGAGGGUAAUCUGGAAGUGUUCUACAAUGGAACCUGGGGUAAUGUGUGUUACAAUCAGAUGGCUGAUGAGACGGCAAAUACGGUGUGUGGAGAGCUGAACUGUGGAAGACGUGGCAGUCUGUCAUACACUGAAGCACGAGUAAAAUCUGCUCCUACCUGGCUGGAUAAUGUGAAAUGUAGGAAACACGACUCUAAUCUGUUGCAGUGUCCAUCUUCACCCUGGGGACAGAACAGAUGUAAUAAUCAUAAUGAAGUUGUUCAUAUUAACUGCACAGAAGAUGGAACGUCUCUACGUUCUCAAGGGACAUGCUCGUCAUUUCCUCUUCAGAAAUACUGCUCAAAACACUGGUCUCUCAGGCUGAGUGAAGGAAAGGGAAGCUGCUCUGGGAGGUUGGAGGUGUAUCAUAACUCUACAUGGGGCUCCGUUUGUGAUGAUCAGUGGAACAUCAUGAACGCUCAGGUGGUGUGCAGACAGCUGGACUGUGGGUCAGCGCUGAGUGCUGAUGAUCGGUUUGGUUCUGGUGAAGGGACUUUCUGGCUGAACAGAGUGAAGUGUCGAGGGGAUGAGAUUCACCUGUGGGACUGUCAUCAUUCCCUGAAGAAUCACACUGACUGCUCUCCUGUUGGAGUCACCUGUGCAAACAUAUCCACUGUGUCCACUGCUACACCCACCACCACCACCACCACCACCACCACCACCACCACCACCACCACCUUAGAUCUGUGUCUCGCAUUUGCCUCCUCGCCUGCCUCCCCUGACAGUACCAUCUGGCCUGACAUGGACCCAGCAGACACUCGGAGCAUGCAGGCUAUGAUUUGCUCUCUGUCCCAGGCUUCUGCCACUCUUGAAAGUCUUCUCCAGGACUUAGAUGCUGUAACUCAGGGACUGCCAUCAUCCUUCCCAUCCUCCCUGCUUUCUGGUAAAGAUAAGCCCUCCGACACUUUGGAAUGGGAGACUCAGUUAGCUACCUACUAUCCAUUCCACAUCUUCUCCAUUAAGCAUUGUAAGGUCUUUGACUCCAGUCUCCUCUUUCACCUGACCCUGAUCACCGGUAUCCUGUCACAAGAGCCACCAUUUCACAAGCUGGUCCUGAGGAACGCCUACCAUCUUGUCCGCAUCAGCGAGCGAGAUGAAUGGAAAGCCACAUUCAACACCCACUCUGGUCACUUCGAGUACCUGGUUAUGCCGCUCCUCAAAGACAUUCUCAUGGACAUGCUUAACCAGUAUGCCUUUAAACGUGUCAACCAUGUCCACUCCAUGCUCCAGGGCCUGCUCCAGAACCAUCUGUACAUGAAGGCUAAGAACUGUGAGAUCUAUGUCUCCAGAACUUCCUUCCUGGGUUUCAUGCUAUUGGCCAUUCACCUCCACCCUGUGAAACUUUGUCUGGAACUGUUUACCUCUGCUCCAAUCCUGACCCUGCUGGACCCUGCCUGCGAGUUUAUUGUGGAGGUGGUUACUUCUUACCUGGGCAUUGGGGCCGUCCUAUCACAGAGAGACCCCAAAAACAGCAAUGGAAAAACAAAGCACUCCACCCCUGCGCUUUCUACUCAUGGCAUCCCAAUGCUGUUAGUGAGCACGGAAUUCUGGCCAUCAGCUUCACCAAGGAAGAGCGGAAGUGUCCUCUCUGAAGAACAGCAUUCUGGGUAUGAGCAUGUGGAUGAUGAGCUUCUCUCAGUAAAGUCUGGGAUCAAAGAAAAGGCUGAGUAUUAUGAUGAUGUCAUGGACACCAGUGACAUCAUAAGUGAUCCAGGAAGAGUCGACCCACCAGAGGACUACGAUGAUGCCGUCACUGCUGGACCCAUCCCUGAUAACGUGGAUGAGGAUGAAGCUGAGAAUUAUGAUGACGCCAUUACAGCUGAUCAGAAGUCAGUUAUACUGACAGAGGACGUGUCCGAGAACUAUGACGAUGCAGUUACCACUGAAACAAACACCAACAUCAUCACAAAAUAUGAUGACGUGGAGGAGAAAUCUCAGAACGACGGGGACCAUGGUCCACCACCGUGUUUGGGAAUUGCCACCACGUCAGGCACCGGAGACCUUACGGCCACAGGUCCGAGCAUCCGCGGGAGUUGA